CUAAACCCCGCGGAGAGCAGCUUUCUACUGUUCAUUUCUUCUCUUCACUGUGUACACUCUCGUCAUCCUUCACGGUGCCAUCGAAGGCCGGAAAAGUUUUAAUGGCCGCUUCUUCUAUGCCGGCGACCAACCCUCUCUUCCCAUUUACAUCCAAGGAGAGCGUUUCUGCUAUCCCGGGCCAUUUAAUACUCAAGAUUAAACCCCGGUCCCUCUCUGGAACCAUAGCCGUUCGGAGAUGGAGUUGGAAAUGCAACUUCGCAGCCCAGGAACGCGCUGCAAAGCAGCAGCAGCAGCGAAGGAAAUCCGAGCCUGUCGUCGACCCAGUCGGCUUUCUUUCGAAGGUCGGAAUCUCGGACCGUGCUUUUGCUCAGUUUCUCCGUGAACGGCACAAGGCAUUGAAGGACCGCAGAUUUGAUCUUUGUUCCCGCUUUAUAGAUAUUAUGGAGGCUUCUUCGGGGUAUGAGAUAUUAGGAAUGCAUCGGCACCGUCAACAUCGUGUGGAUUUCAUGGAUUGGGCUCCAGGUUCUCGGUAUUGUUCUAUUGUUGGAGAUUUCAAUGGGUGGUCACCAACUGAAGACAGUGCUAGGGAAGGAUAUUAUGGCCAUGAUGACUUUGGCUACUGGUUCAUCAUCCUUGAAGACAAGCUCAGGGACGGUGAAGAACCAGAUGAGUAUUAUUUUCAAGAAUAUAACUAUGUUGAUGACUACGAUACAGGUGACAAUUUAAAUGUUGAAGAGCUGCUUGAGAAAAUAGAUAAUGAAUACUGGGAACCAGAAGAAAAAUGGUAUCGCAAUUCACGGUUGGAGUUUGUUGCCAAAUUAUAUGAAGAAGUAUUUGGACCUAAUGGCCCCCAGACGGAUGAGGAACUCGGUGAGAUAGUUGAUGCUGAAACACGAUACAAGCAAUGGAAAGAAAAGCAAAAACCUGACUCCAAUACAAGGUUACCUUGUUAUGAAGUUCUUGACCAUGGAAAAGUUUAUGAUAUUGAGAAUGUGAUUCUUGAUCCAGUGUCAAAAGAGAAGUUCCGAGCGAAGAAAGCUCCUCUUGCAUACUGGAAAGAAAUGCGUAAAGGCCGAAAAGCAUGGCUGAAGAAGUACUUGCCUACAAUUUCUCAUGGAAGUAGGUACAGGGUAUAUUUUAACACUCCUAAUGGGCCUCUAGAAAGAGUUCCUGCUUGGGCAACAUAUGUGCUUCCAGAUGAAGAUGGAGAAAAGUUUUGUGCGAUACACUGGGAACCUCCUCCCGAAGCUGUUCAUAAAUGGAGAAAUGCACGCCCAAAAUUACCAAAAUCACUCCGUGUGUAUGAAUGCCAUGUUGGAAUUAGUGGAGCAGAGCCAAAAGUGUCAUCAUUCAAUGAAUUUGUUUUGAAGGUUUUACCUCAUAUUAAAGAAGCAGGAUAUAAUGCCAUUCAAUUAAUAGGGGUGGCUGAGCAUAGAGAUUACUCUUCUGUUGGUUAUAAAGUGACAAAUUUAUUUGCUGUUAGCAGUAGAUAUGGGACACCUGAUGACUUCAAGCGCUUGGUGGAUGAUGCUCAUGGCCUUGGUCUUCUUGUGUUCCUGGAUAUUGUCCAUUCUUAUGCAGCUGCAGAUGAACUGGUUGGAUUAUCUCUAUAUGAUGGGUCAAAUGACUGUUAUUUUUAUUCUGGUAAACGUGGUCAUCAUAAACAUUGGGGCACAAGAAUAUACAAAUAUGGUGAUGUUGAUGUUUUACACUUUCUUUUAUCAAAUUUGAAGUGGUGGGUCACCGAAUACCUGAUUGAUGGCUUCAAUUUCCACUCCCUGCCAUCAAUGAUGUAUACACAUAAUGGGUUUGCAACUUUUUCUGGUCAAGUGGAGGAGUAUUGCAACCAAUAUGUUGAUAAAGAUGCUUUAAUCUAUCUAAUUUUGGCAAAUGAGAUGCUCCAUGAAGUUCAUCCAAACAUUAUAACUAUAGCUGAGGAUGCAACAUUGUAUCCUGGAUUAUGUGAACCAACUAGUCAAGGCGGAUUGGGAUUUGACUAUUGGGUAAAUGUUUCUGCCUCCAAGAUGUGGUUAUGGCUUCUAGUGCAUGUUCCUCAGCAUGAGUGGAGCAUGAAUAAGAUUGUGGAUGUACUUGUUAGAAACAGUCAAAGAAGUGAUAAGAUGCUUCUCUAUGUUGAAAAUCAUAAUCAGUCCAUAUCGGGUGGAAGAUCCUUUGCAGAUAUCUUACUGAGCAAACAGGCAGAUAAGGAAGAUUUGCUUUUAAGAGGUUCUCAGUUACUCCAAAUGAUGAAGUUGAUUACUUUUACCAUAAGUGGCUCUGCGUAUCUAAAUUUUAUGGGCAAUGAAUUUGCUCACCCAAAUAGGGUUGAGUUUCCAUUGCCCAGCAAUAACCAUUCAUUUAAUUAUGCAAACCGUCGGUGGGAGUUACUAAAGAAUGAGGGAUUACACAGCGCCCAAUUCAACUUUGAUAAGGAUAUGAUGAGGUUAGAUGAAAUUGAACUAAUACUUUCAAAGGGCCUGCCAAAUAUUCACCAUGUGAAUGACUCCAUGAAGAUAAUAUUGAACACAGAUGAAGCUAUGUAUGGUGGUCUUGGAGUGCUGAGGAGAGAUCAGUAUCUGCUAAGAACUAUUAGUAAAAGGAACGAUGGUUACCGAAACACCUUAGAAGUGACAUUGCCCAAUAAUAGUGCUCAGGUCUACAAAUUAACUCGCAUUUUGAGAGUUUAAGGUUAUUUAAGGAAUGAAGAACGCUGUCUGCUCUCUCUUUGUUCAAAUUCAAUAGAAAUGUCAACUUGAUUUACUGGACUUUCGGGCUUCUCUAUGGCUGCUUCACAUCCAAGGCAAGAAGUCAGCUGAAUAAUCAAAGAAACAUUCGUGUAUAAAAAACCAUUUUCCUUUUGAUUUCCUCUUUAAAAUGUAAAUUAAAUAUGCUUGUUAGCCCAGUUCAUUUCAUUUUUUGAUGAAGAGUUGCAGAAACUUAUAUUA